AUGAAAGAGGAGGCCGCCAGUAAUGAGUCGCCAGCACUGGAAGAUGCAUUGGGUGAUCUUGAACUUGGCGAAAUUGAGAUUAUCACAAAGUUGGAAGGAGACGACGACCCGUUGAAUUGGACGGCAUUGGCAAGAUGGAUGUACACGAUUAUCGUCGUCGCAAUAUCAGGCAUCGUUGGUUUCAGUGCCAGUGUUUAUUCACCGGCCAUUUCAUCAGUUGCUGACAGUCUUCACGUCUCUAACUUGAUGUCUACACUGGGGUCAACGACGUAUUUGAUCGGAUCAGCAUUUGGGCCUCUGCUCUUUGCACCAUUAUCCGAGAUUUGGGGUCGCAAUCCGCUCUACUAUGGUUCCUUUUUGUUGUUCUGCCUUGCCACUUUAGGAUGCGCACUGGCACAGAAUAUAACAACUCUACUGGUCUGUCGGUUCUUUGCCGGACUGUUUGGCUUGCCUCCAGUUGCAAACACAGGCGGUUCGAUUACCGAUCUAUGGCCCCAGUCUCACCGAUCUGUCCCGCUCGCGCUUUACACAGCAGCUAGUUUCUGCGGUCCGGUUUUGGGAUCCCUCGUCGGCGGUUUUUUAACACAGUACCUGUCUUGGAGAUGGACUUCGUGGGUCGUAUUUAUCAUUGCAACUGCAAUAUACAUCAUUAUGGUAAUUGCUCUUCCUGAGACAUACGCUCCCAGGCUGCUUGAGAUCAAAAACGCCAAGGCUGGUAUCGACGUCCGACAAAGCGUUCGAAGCACUCGUUUCACUCAAAGUCUAAUGCGACCGUGGAUUAUGCUUUUCACAGAGCCGAUUCUCUUCACGCUAUCACUUUACAUGGCUUUCAUCUACGGCGUGCUCUACCUAGAUUUUACCGCUUAUCCGGUCGUUUUCCAGAAAGCGCGCGGGUGGUCUAUUGGCAUUUCAGGAUUGGCAUUCACGGGAAUCGGUACUGGGAUGGCCAUCGCAACUGGUCUUUCCCCGUACGUCAACAAUAUUUACACCCAUUACAAGAAGAAGAUUGGCCCGGUACCUGAAGCUCGCUUGCCACAUUUGAUCCCAAUAGUUUGGCUAUUGCCGAUUGGCAUAUUUUGGUUCGGAUGGACAGCACUGCCGCCAACACAUUGGAUUGUGUCCAUCAUUGCCGGUGUGCCCUUUGGCUUUGCUCUAGUGAUGCUUUUCCUCGGCAUCAAUGCAUAUCUCACCGACUGUUAUGAGCGUUACAGUGCCAGUGCUUUGGCGGCUAACACAAUGCUUCGCUGUCUGUUUGGAGCCGGCUUUGCUGUAUUCGCUACAACGAUGUAUGAGAAGCUUGGUACGCCGUGGGCUACUAGUAUUUUGGGAUUUGUUUCUGUGGCUCUGGGAGUGUUACCGUUUGUGUUUUACAAAUUUGGAGCCAAAUUACGAGCGGCCAGUAAGUUUCAUAUAGACGUCACUAGUCAUAACUAG